ACGAAUCACAUUCAGUUAAGAUUACGCUCUAGUGUCGUUCAGAUAGAUUGCGCGGCGGGAGCAAAAUACGUGACGAUCGACUAUCAAAGCAACCAUCGCCCAUCAGCAUCUCCACACUCCAACCCCUUCGCUUGCAUUUAAUGCAUAGCGGGAAGUAAAAUUUAAACAAACUCUCUACUCUCACUAAUUCUACCGAAAUAAAAUACAAUUUUUUUUUGCUAGCUAUGGAAUCAAAAUGAUUAUCGAGAUGUGUCUAGCAAAUUCCAAGUAAAUUUUCAAGUUACAAGCAGAAGUUCGCGUUAAAUAUUUUUGUAUUGACAGAUGCCCAACGAGACGUGAUCAUUUUCUAAUAAUUAAACAUCAAAAUUAAUCAUACGUUUAUAGAGAUAAGAAAAACGACCGCCGCGCCGACGUUAAAAACCCCUUGAUCCCUAACAAAAGUUUUUUUUUUGCUUAUAUUGUUUUUAAUAUUUCAAGACUUCGAUUGGUCUACAAGUGAUAAUUUUGUUUUGGUUUUGUUUUAUUAAACAUCUCAUAAGUUAUAUGUCUCCUAAGUUUUUUGAUAAGCUCAAGUGAUAACCUAAUGAAGUGAUUGGUUUGUUGUUGUGAAAGUGAUAAUUUUAACGCUCUUCAAUUUUCAAGUGUUAAUAAAAGUAUAGGAACGCUCAAAAGGAUACAUUACAUUGUUUCUAUACUACGAAUAUUUUUAUACAAAUUCUUAUUCAAAAUGUCUGAAUCAGGUAUCGAGAUGGCUAUGUCAAGAAAGGAAAGGGAAGAGAAAGAAAAAGCCGACUAUGAAGCCCGCAUCACCGAUCCAGUUGCUGGAUCAAUUGGAGACCUUGGACCAUGGCAAAUCUGGAUAUGCAUUGUUAUAUUUAUGAUGAAAUUUCCAGUGGGUUGGCAUCAGCUAGCCACAGUUUUUCUUGCUCCUCCAGUUAGUUUUGAAUGCGCAGUUCCAAAUAAUCUGACAGACAAGUGUUCCGAAGAGUGCACCGAACUAGCUUACGAUCGGAGUGUGUUCAAAGAGACCAUUGUUACAGAAUGGAACUUGGUGUGUGGCAAACGAUAUCUGGCUAGUUUCGUGCAGACGCUUUUUAUGUUUGGAAUCUUAGUUGGAAACAUCAUUUUUGGAAUAUGGUCAGACAGAGUUGGAAGACGACCGCCAUUGGUAUUUUCGGUUCUCAUGCAGUUGGUGUGUGGAGUUCUUGACGCUUUUGUUCCGUGGUUCUGGGUAUUUUGUACCUUCCGAUUCUUAUUGGGUGUUGCAACUGGAGGAAGUAUGAUGACUAGCUUUGUUCUCGUCAUGGAAAUCACUGGCACCAAGAAGCGUGAAAUUAUGUCCAUUUUGUAUCAGAUUCCCUUCAACUUGGGCCACAUGACUCUCCCGGUGUUUGCCUACUUCCUUCGAGACUGGAGAUGGUAUCAGUUUGCGAUGUCAAUCAUCUCAGUUAUAUUCAUCUCGUACUACUGGCUCAUUCCGGAAUCACCUCGGUGGCUAAUGUCAGCCGGUCAUCUUGAUAAGGCAACAAAAGUCCUCGAAAAAGCUGCAAUUACUAACAAUCUUCCGAUCCACAAUAUUCGCAGUGACCUUGAAGAAUGGUCGCGUCGGAAGACAAUCAAGAAAGAAGUCAAGAAAGGAACUUUCCUCGAUCUGUUCCGCUAUCCUAAUCUACGUGUAAAGACCAUUUGCAUUACAGUCAACUGGUUUGUUUGUGGUUUGACAUACUUUGGGGUGUCACAGUAUGUUGGCGAACUAAGUGGUGAUAUCUUCACGAACGUUGCAAUUGCUGGAACUCUCGGCAUUCCCGGGACAUUGAUUUCGGUUCUCACUGGCAAAUAUUGGGGUCGCAAGAUUUCUCUAAUGGUGUCGAACACUCUGGCAGGAUGUUCCAUGUUGGCAAUCGCAUUUCUUCCCGAGUCAAGUGCCUUCCUUAAAGUCGCUUUAGCUUCAAUUGGAGUAUUUGGCAUGGCUGUUUCAUUCCCGAUUGUCUAUCUCUAUGGGGGUGAGAUGUUUCCAACAGUAGUGCGCAAUGCAGGGAUGGGCUUUGCAUCGAUGUUGGCCCGAAUUGGAUCAAUGUCGGCUCCAUUUGUAUCACAAACUGCAACUAUUGCUCACUGGAUACCUCCGGUUAUCUUUGGCGUGGUUCCACUUAUAGGAGCUGUUUUGGUGAUGUUUUUGCCAGAAACAAAAGGAGCCCCACUGCCAGAAACAAUCGAAGAUGGAGAGAAUUUCGGAAAGACAAAAAAGAGCAAAUCUGAAAGCGAAAUUUCAAAAAACUAGAAAAAAAGAUGUGUUGUUCAAUAGAAACUAUGCCAUAAGAAGUCUUCUUUUUUUAAUUUAAGAUAACAAUAGACUAAUAAUAUAGAAAAAAAAUAAUAAUUAAAUGUAA